GGGAGAACACUCCGACUAGCAGAAGGAGACCCUCAUGGCAGACGCUUCUGAAAAUCCACCAUGCGAACGAGAGAAGCCGUGUGGAAGCGCUAUAGUUGUUUCUGCAAAUUCUCAGCGAAAAAUUUUCACUAGAGCAGAUAAAAAAACAGCCCAUCAAAUUCCACUUGAUAUAUUGAAUGACCCAGAAAUUGAACAAUGUAUGAAACAGCUCCCUGGAAAUUACAACUUCGAGAUUCAUAAAACUAUCUGGAAGAUUCGUCAGAUCAAUGCUCAUCGAGUUGCAUUGCAGUUUCCAGAAGGGCUUCUUCUUUUUGCUUGCACUAUUGCAGACAUUAUUGAAAGAUUCACAGAAGCAGAGACUAUGAUUAUGGGUGAUGUAACCUAUGGUGCUUGUUGUGUAGAUGAUUUCACAGCACGAGCCCUGGGAGCUGAUUUAAUGGUGCAUUAUGGUCACAGUUGCCUCAUUCCUAUAGACCGCACCCAAGGAAUCCAGAUGUUGUAUGUGUUUGUGGAUAUAAAAAUUGACACCUUCCAUUUCAUUGAAACGCUACGUUUCAACUUUGAACAUGGCUCUCACCUUGCUCUUGUCAGCACAAUUCAGUUUGUAGCAGCCUUGCAGAGUGCGAAGCAAGAACUCUCAAAGGAUUUUACCAUUCUCUUACCCCAGUGUAAACCUUUGUCCCCUGGAGAGAUUUUGGGAUGCACAUCUCCUCAUUUGCAUAAAGCUGAUGCUAUCAUUUAUCUUGGUGAUGGCCGCUUCCAUUUGGAAUCCAUCAUGAUCCAUAAUCCUAGUGUCCCAGCCUACAAGUAUGACCCAUACAACAAGGAAUUUACAAGAGAAUACUAUGACUUUGAUCGCAUGAAAGCAAACAGACAGGCAGCCAUUGCAGUAGCGUCCCAGGCCAAGAGGAUAGGCCUGGUGCUUGGAACCCUUGGGAGACAGGGUUCUCCACAGGUUCUGGAGACUAUGAAAGAACAGAUUAUUGCUAGUGGCAAAGAGUGCGUAACAGUACUGCUGUCUGAAGUGUUUCCAGACAAAAUGAAACUUUUCCAAGAUGUUGAUGUUUGGGUACAGAUCGCAUGUCCACGCCUGUCAAUUGACUGGGGUACAGCAUUUGAGAAGCCAUUACUGACACCAUAUGAGCUUGCAGUUGCACUGAAGAAUGCAGAGUGGUAUGAGACAUAUCCAAUGGAUUAUUAUGCGUAUGACAGCCUCGGACCAUGGACUGUUAAUAAUGUUAAGCAUCAGUCAAAUAGUCGACAGCGCAGACCUCACAGAAAAAUUUCUUCAACUGCAGAUAAAAGUUCAGCUUUAACAGUACAAGCUGGAAAUAGUUCUGCAGGAAUGGAAGGCAAAGAUGAUGCAGCAUCAGAUAUUAAAGGUAUCCAGAGAACAACAAACUGUGGAGACAGUUGCGAUUGUGACACUUAAGUCUGUGUAUAUUUGUGUGUGUGUGUAAGAGAGAGACUAUUGAAGUGCAUGUGCAUCAAUGGGUACAUAAACCGUACAUUCAUGUGUGCUUGCAUGUUUGUAUAUCUGCAUAUGUAUUUGAGAAUGCAUGCUAGAUUUAUACCUUUGAAUGUUGCAAAUACAAAAUGAGAAAUAAAGGUUUAUAAAUCUA